AUGACAGCCAAUCAGGACUCUCCGGAAGAGCACGCUUUUUCACUAUGCUAAACUUGUGUUAUGGUAUAUGUGUUUAGUCAAUUUACACAAUAUCGGCUUUGUUACUAAAGUAUACUAGUGUGUUGAUAUGAAGACGGAUUUAUAAUUCCAAAACGUCCUAUUUCGGUAAAUGCUUUUUCACGGGAACGCUUUUAGUUAACAAAACUGACAGCAAACACUGUUAGCUUAGCCAUAUUUUACAGCAAUGGAAAAUAAAAAGACGUUUAAAUUCGUUGUUGUCGGGGGUGGUAUCGCCGGAGUAACAUGUGUUGAACAGCUGGCAUCACAGUUUCCAUCCGCGGAUCUGGCUCUGAUCACUGCAGGUCCACACAUCAAAGCAGUGACAAACUAUAAACAGGUAUCCAGGACCCUGGAAGAGUUUGGUGUGGAAGAACGGCCAUUCACUGUAUUACAAAAGAAUUAUUCCAAUCUCACAUUUAUACAGUCAGCUGUCAAAGCUCUGGAUGCUAAAUCACGUUGUUUGGAGACUACAGAUGGAAAAGUCUAUGGAUAUGAAAGACUCUGUAUUUGCACUGGGGCCAGACCAAAGCUUUUCACUGAAGACAAUCCUUAUGUGUUGGGGAUAAGAGACACCGAUAGUGCACAGGACUUCCAGAAGCGACUGUCUCAAGCUAAAAGAAUUGUUCUCAUUGGAAAUGGAGGCAUUGCCCUUGAACUAGUACAUGAGGUGCAAGGCUGUGAGAUGAUCUGGGCUAUAAAAGACAAAGCCAUAGGAAACACUUUCUUUGACGCUGGUGCAGCGCAGUUCCUCAUUCCGUCACUAGAGGCACACAAAGCUCAGAAACCUGUCCCCUGUAAGAGGCCUCGUUACACAGUUGAGGAAACCGCGGGGGGCACAUCUCACACCUUCACUGCAGACAGAAACCACAAGGAAAACUCUGCUCCAACUCAGCAUGGUAGUGCCCUUGGCCCUGACUGGCAUGAAGGAAUAGUUCUACAAGGAGCAGAACAGGGGGGCCACAGAGUAAUGGUUGAAUAUCAGUGUGAGGUAGAGAAGAUUUUUACCCCAACCGACCUGCUCAGCUCUCCUGAAAGAGUAUCAAACCCUGAAACUGUUGGAUCAUGGCCAGUUUAUAUCAAAUUGAGUAAUGGCAAGACUUAUGGUUGUGACUUUAUUGUGAGUGCUACUGGUGUUGUGCCAAACACUGACCCUUUUCUUCAUGGUAAUAAUUUUGCACUGGCUGAUGAUGGCGGACUUCAGGUUGAUGAUCAGAUGCGAACUUCAGAGUCAGAUGUCUAUGCUGCUGGGGAUGUGUGCACUGCAUGCUGGAAACACAGUCCACUAUGGCAACAGAUGCGGUUGUGGACUCAAGCUCGUCAGAUGGGCUGGCACGCUGCUCGCUGUAUGGCUGCACAUGUCCUCUCAGAGCCCAUCGAGUUAGACUUCUGCUUUGAACUUUUCUCACAUAUUACAAAGUUCUUUAACUAUAAGGUGGUACUCUUGGGAAAAUUCAAUGCCCAAGGUUUAGGGCCCAACUAUGAGCUGCUUGUGCGCUGUACCAAAGGACAAGAGUAUGUCAAGGUGGUUUUAAGUGGAGGAAGGAUGGUGGGAGCCGUGCUGAUUGGAGAGACUGACCUGGAGGAGACCUUUGAGAACCUCAUCCUGAACCAGAUGGACCUGACACCAUACGGAGAGGAUCUGCUCAACCCAAACAUCGACAUUGAAGACUACUUUGACUGAAGACUGUGGGGGCCGGGCUGAGAGAUUGUAUUGCAUGUAAAGUUUACAGGAUUGUGGAAAAAUAAUACUUUAAAGGCCUUUCCUAAGUUGUGAGAGUCUCUUAAAGUUGCACCUAUAAAUAUAUAUUUUUUGAUUAUACAUAUUUUUUACUGGAACUAAUCAUUAAAUUUAUUCCAGCAAUAACUACUCACAAUAAGAAGAAUACACAAUGAAUUAGUAGCAACUGUCCCCACUUGAAUCUAAUGCCAAACACUAAGUUAAAAGUAAACCUAUACUGCACAUUAAAAGCUGAUGUAAUUUUCUUCUUUAUGUUAUCAGAAUAGGAUAUGUUCAACAAUACGUGUGGUAAAAUAAAAGACUUUUGUUACUA